AUGAAUAAUUCACCUAAUAUAGAAAAAAGACAUCGAAUUAAAGAACUUUUGAAACGUAAACAACCAACUGCACAUUCUAUAGUAAAUGAAAAAGUAAACAACAAAAUAAUUACAACAACCAACUUAUCAAAUGUUUCCACUGAAAAAAUAACCGAACAGCUUCCGAUUGCUAAGUUUAUGACAACUACUAAUACUAAAACUACCGUUGCCACCACUGAAUUGUGCGUUUGUGUAGUAUGUGGAAGGGAUCUUAGUUGCUCCCCUCUUCAUACGAGAGAAAAACAUUUUAACGCGUGCCUAGAUGAUAAAAUUGAAAUUGAGACCAAUUCUACUUCCUAUAAAAAGUCCGGCGAGAAACGACAGGAAAAUAAAAAACAACAAAAUUCUUUAUUUGCCAUUGCAAUAGUAUGUCCAUGUUGUAAUAGAACUUUCAAAGCUAAGACCGAGAAAGGAAAGCUUGAACAUUUUAAGAAAUGUGGUAAAAAAUAUAAGCACACGCCAUCUAAAAUGUUAGAAUUUCUGCAAGAACUGAAAAUCAAAUAUGGAAGAGAUCAUCCUUACACAAUGAAUUCGAUUGGUUUGACCUCUACAAGAUCUGUUUCAUCAUUACACACACGUUCAGAGCCGCCCAAAGAAAAGAAACUAACCAAUUAUUUCAACUCAAUUUCUAAAGAUAAAAGUGAACCGGCUAAAAUAGAUCGUACAUACAAUUUUAGCUCAAUAGUAUUUAAAGCUAGAUCGACCGUAGAAAGUUCCAAUAAAUGUAAAAGGGAAAUCGAUGAUGAUGAUGAUUUUCAAGUUGGUGUAGCAUUGUCGAGAUCUAUGUUACCACCCGAAAGAAAAUCUCGAAGGAAGAAAGUUAAAUACGAUUUGAACACCACUCCAAUUUUACCUUGUGCGGAAGCUAUUAAUAAGGCGAAAGAACGAGCUGUAUCAAUGUUUUUCAAUCGUCCAACCAUUAACGAGUUCACCAAGAAUUUAUCUUUCAAACCAGAAUUUUCGAAAAGUAAGGUGGGAGAAAAAUAUAUUCAUCGAAACUACAAGGAAAUAGAGGGUUACUCGAAACGGAAAAGGCACUCUUUUACAUGGUGGGAAAUACAAGCUUUUGGAGGUGAUGAUAAUCCUUUAUCAAGAGAGGAUUAUAUUACAGAUAUGAUUUGGCAUUACCAUACAUAA